AUGGCUAGCAUCACGUCUAGCCUACCGUCCCCUUCAAGCUCUACCGGUGGAAUGAACUACUCGAACACCGCUGAGGAGGUCUAUCCCGUACAAAUUAGCGAAGAAUCCACAGUUACAGCCGCUACAACUCCCAUCGAGUUAACAUCUACGUCUCAGACGAAUGUUCAACUUGACAUUCCCGAGGACCCUAUUCAUCAACUUCCUCAUAACGCAGACGAUGAGCGAAAUCCAAAGAAACUUACGAUCCAGACAACUGUGGGAAGCAUAAGUCCAUCGUCUCUGGCGGAUGAGAAAUCGCAAGCUUCUGCUGAUGCCACGAAGCAAUCCUCGCAUACGUGGGCAAAGUCCAUUUCCUCUUUCAACAUAUCAUGGCCAAAGUCAAGGGCACAUCGAAACACGGCAGCUACGAAUAACCAUACUCAGUGGGGCAUUCACUGGUAUUCUCCUACCUGCAUGGUUGUUCUGACAUUGGUCGGAAUCGGAGUCAUGGUUGGUCACCACUUAUACAAUGCCAAACUUCAUGGCUAUCUUGUUCAUGAUCCACAAUGGCUACAACGCUGGGGUCUAGCCCUCAGCACCUUCGGAAAGAUGUGCUUGGCUGGCGCUGUUGAAAUUGCCUAUAAACAAAGAGUCUGGGUCACUGUGAAGAAGCGACCGUUCAGACUUUCAACCAUUGAUGGCAUCUUCAUGGCAUGUACCGACCCUUCAGGUUUUCUUAAUUUUGAUCUAAUUACCAAAGCCACCAUCUUAACACUCCUGGCUAGCUUGGUCUGGGCACUCCCCCUCUCGGUCAUCGUAUCUCCUGCGACUUUGACAUCUAUAACCAGGCUCCAAAACACGAGCACAAUAUGUAAUGGGAUCCAGAUCAUAGAGUUCACUCACGAUGAUUCAGUCAGCAUCUCAGCUCCAACCGACUCAGCCACUGUGAACGAUGGACGUGAAGGUAUGGCCUACAUCAAUGACAUGCCGUCUAAUGCUUCUAUCGCCUACUAUGAUCAACCUUCCAUGGGUCUUCGACGCAUUUCUACACGAUCACUUCUUUCGAAUUUUGGUCCUUUGCAAGCUACCAAUCCAUGUCUUGGAGGAGCUAAUUGCUCAUACCAGAUCUCUUUCAAGGGCCCAUCGUAUGAUUGUGCAGAUGCCUCCACACUUAGCAACUAUACGAACUUGGCCAAGUCUCAACUCGCCCCAAACGGACAGGCAGUUUACACUUCUUUUACGGACGUUGAAGAAGAUCAGUGGGGUGCCCCAGUUGAGUGGCAAUACAUGACUGCUGACAAUGACUCGACGAUCGGAAUCUUCACUCAGGAGCCAUCGCUAUGGAUUGGAUAUAUCAUCAACACAACUAAUCCCAUCGAGCCUUUCAACAACUCUUCACCAUGGCCCUAUGAGCUCGAGCAACAUGUUCUGCAAUGCAUUCUUCAGAACUCAACCUAUGAGUAUAAUAUCAGCUUCAUCAACGGCUUGAUGCAAAUUGAUUUAUCCCGAGUCUCUAAACAGAUUCCAUUGCUACCUGCGGGAGCUACCCAACAUCCAUUGGACGACAAUUACGGAGACUUUAUGGGAUAUCAUGCAGCGGGCUUCAUUUUUCGCAACAUGCUUUCUGGGACAGUGAAUCAAACCAACUACACACAAUGGACUCGAAGCUACUCCUCCAUCUCCCAGACCCCACUUCUCGAUGGAGUCUCACAAUACGUAGUCGAUAAUUUCUCCGGCGCAGUUGAACAACAAUUCGCCACCCAGAUCCUCUCUCUCUCAACCGCUCCCGUGCUCUACGACCAAGUUAACAUCACUGCUGUUGGAAUUCGCGUGUGA